UGGGAUACGGCCAUAUUGGACCUCUGGCUGCCAGCUCAACCAGCAGUACGGUGAAUGAAUGACGUGGAUUUUCAAUCACUUAAAUUUCAACUUUGAGCUGAGUGCAGGUCUGAGUGUUGCUCUUCGUACUGGCUGAAUAUUGUGUUGUCACCGCAGCAAAGCAAUGAAUAAAGCCAAAGUUGAGAGUCUUCGAGACAAGGUGGAGGGAAAUGAGCUGGAUCUCAGCCUGUGUAACCUUACAGAUGUCCCAGUGAAGGAGCUUGCUGCUGUUCCUAAAGCCACAGUCCUGGACCUUUCCUGUAACAAUCUCACAACUCUAACUCCUGAGUUCUGUACACUGACUCACCUGGUUAAAGUCGACCUGAGCAAGAAUCAGCUGGUGAGCCUGCCGGAGGAAAUCGGGCAUCUGUACAGCCUGCAGCAUCUGGAUCUGUACAACAACAAGCUGACCAUGCUGCCUCUCAGCUUCUGCCAGCUCAGGAGUCUGAGAUGGCUGGAUCUUAAAGACAACCCUCUGGAGCCGACGCUGGCCAAAGCUGCAGGAGACUGUCUGAAUGAGAAACAGUGCAAGCAGUGCGCAGGAAGGGUUCUCCAGCACAUGAAGUUUCUCCAAGAAGAAGCAGAUAAGGAGCGGGAACGCCGGCUGCUGAAGGAGAAAGAGCAAGAAAAGAAGAGAGAAGCGAAGCAGAGGGAGAGAGAGGCCCGGGAGAGAGAAGCACAAAAAAAGAAAAAGGCUGAGGAGAAGGAGAGGAAAAGGAAGGAAUAUGAAGCACAGAUGGCUGCUCAGGCUGCACAGGAACAACAGAAGAAGAAGAAAGAGGAGAAGAAAAAGAGAGUCAGCCAAAAUCAAGAUAAAAAGAAGGCCUCCGGUGGCGUGCCUCAGUCCAGGCGCUCUGUGUGCGCUCGGCUCUUCUCUCUGCUCCUGAGGAUUCUGCUCCUUCUCAUCAUCGGAGCUGCAGCAGUGAUCGGCGCUUGUCGGGUCACUGAGCUGAAGAAGGAGGCGUUUUGUGCUCCUGUAAAUCUGUACACAGAUGAGGCGCUGAGCUGGGUUCGAGGCCUGGACGUGGUGCAGCAAGUCAUUCAGAAAAUCUCUGACCUUCAACAAUGACAACUCACUGGCUCAGACUGACGAGACGGCGUCCAUCUUGCCCCAGGGUUCAGUCUGGAGAGGAAAAUAAGUGUACUGGGACACUACAAGGAAUGUUGUUCCCCUGUUUCGGUGUCUCAUUUUAAAACCAUGGCAUGGCUGUAUAGGGGAAAAAAUGCUCAGAUUUCCACAACAGAAACAGGGGAAAGUGGACUCUGGGUCUUUAUGGCUGCUUUCGAGCUACUGAACAAAGAGGCUUGCCUUCAAAUGUGACCUUUUAGCGCCUUAUGUACUGUUCAUAAAUGUCUUAUUGAAGCAAACAGCUGCUGAAUUGGGAGCAUGCGUGCAUAUUUAUAAUCAUGUAGGGAAAAAAACACACAUGGGAUGUACAAACUCUACCAUUUUCUCUCCCAAUACAAUGCAGAUAAAAAAAUUUAAAAAAUCUCCCUGCUUAUGUCUUUAAUUUUCUUGUCUAAGACACAUCUGUGCUGUGAACAUGAGCGACAGGAAGUACGGUUACACGCCGACCGUCUUCCACACCGCUGUACAUGUACUAAAAGUAUGGAUUUGUAUACAUUUGUAAUUUUUUUAAAAAUGGAUUUUAAAUCUUACUCUGAUAAGUCAGGGAGAUUAAAGGCAUGAAUAAAUGUCACCAUAUUGCAAA